CCGCUGAAUGCGGUCAUCAUUUAUCUCUUGGUCGAAAAGUGUCUCCCCUCCACACGAAUUGAUGCUCCCAUCUCUAGUCUUUAUUCUUCAUGAUUCGUGACGAAAUCGACUCGUGUGUUCGUGCCGCAUCUCUCGGGGAAAGAGAGAGGUUACCUCCCGUCCUUUCCAAGUCCGUUUUAACGCAACAAGAUGUAUGACGACUACAACGAGUAUGACGCCUACGAUGAUUACGGACCGUCAGAAGCGCACGAUCAGUACGAUCGGCCGAGCUAUCGACAGGUACCGGAGGUGGUGCGCAACUUUCUCGUAUUCUUGCGCAACUGUAUCAACGAAGGCAUGAUCUUUGAGAUACAGAAUUUAUACGAGAAUUCGUUCCCCAAGAUCUCGGAACAGCUGUUUGACAAGUCCCCCUGGCCCGAAGCAUCGACGAUCGCUCAUAUCGUCGACAAUGAUCCAGUCUUCCUUACUUUGUACAAGGAGCUUUAUUAUCGUCACAUUUACGCGCGCAUGCAAGGUCCUACGUUGGAACAGCGCCUCAACUCCUUUUACAAUUACUGCGAUCUUUUCAACUAUAUUCUGCAUCCAGACACUCCGGUGCAGCUGGAACUGCCCGAUCAGUGGCUUUGGGAGCUAAUCGACGAGUUUGUCUAUCAGUUUCAAUCAUUUGCUCAAUAUCGCGCCAAUCUAUCCAAUAAGACGCCGGACGAGAUCGAGAAUCUGAACGCGCACAACAAGAUCUGGGAUGUCUUGUGUGUAUUAAAUGUCCUGCACUAUCUGGUCGAUAAGUCCAAGAUCAAGAGUCAGCUGGAGGUGUACGCGAGUGGUGGUGAUCCAGAUUCUGUAGCCGGUGCCUUUGGCAGACAUUCCCUGUACAAGAUGCUCGGUUACUUCUCUCUCGUUGGUCUCCUAAGAUUGCAUUCUCUAUUGGGAGAUUACUACCAGGCUAUCAAAGUUCUGGAGAAUGUGGAGCUCUACAAGAAGAGCGCGUACUCCCAUGUACCUGGCUGUCAGAUCUCGACAGCAUAUUAUGUAGGUUUCGCAUAUAUGAUGAUGCGCCGAUAUGCAGACGCUAUCAGAACUUUCUCUGGUAUCCUGUUAUACAUCCAACGUACAAAGCAACUGUUUGCCACGCGGAGCUAUCAGAAUGAUCAAAUCAAUAAGCAAACAGAGCAAAUGUACCAUUUACUUGCCAUCUGUUUAGUCUUACAUCCACAAUGCAUAGACGAAGGUUUGCAGCAGGCUCUACGGGACAAGAAUUAUCAUGAAAAGAUGUAUAAGAUGCAAUACGGUGAUCUCACAGAAUUCGAGAAUUGUUUCGUUUUCGCGUGUCCCAAAUUUCUGUCUUUAACACCGCCGAAUCCGGACAAUCCUAACGAAGAUUACGUUCGUGAGGCCAUCAAGCAUCAGACCCAAGUUUUUAUGGACGAAGUGGUGCAGCAAAAAAUGUUGCCGACCAUCCGUUCAUACUUGAAACUCUACACAACAUUACCACUGAGCAAAUUAGCCACAUUCAUGGGCAACAAUACUAGGUCUGAUAUAGAAGGUUGGGAUUUGGCCAAGGAAGUCAAUGCUUUAACGAUUCAUUUAUUGUGCUUUAAGCAUAAAAUGAAGAAUAUUGUUUGGACAAAAGGCACAUCGGGAUUAGACGGAAAAUUUCAAUCUGGAUCUGAGCUGGAUUUCUAUAUUGAUCAUGAUAUGAUUCAUAUUGCUGAUACAAAGGUAGCACAUCGUUAUGGAGACUUUUUCAUCCGUAAAAUACUAAAAUUUGAAGAAUUAAAUCGUAAAUUACAUCAUAUAAAGAUAUAAUUAUAUAAUAUUAUAUAAUCAUUAUUAUAAACAUUUUCAUAAUAUACAGUUGUAAAAAAGGAGAAAA